AUGACCACCGGAAGAAUCUUACGGUUAACAGCUGAUAACAUGGAAGAAGCCAUUGACACGGCAGUUUCGGUGUUUUUGAGAGGAGGAAUCGUGGCUCUUCCGACUGAUACACUUUAUGGAAUAUCAACACUUCUUCCAUUUUCCGAUAGACUUUACGCCUUGAAACAGCGUCCGUUUGAAAAGCCAUUGGGAAUAUUUUUACCAAGUCCCACUUCUAUGAAAUUAGUGUCAAAGCAAACAAUUUCAGACGAAUUAGCGAACUGUUUGCUCCCAGGACCUGUGACUUUGAUGUUUGAACGUCUUCCUAAUCUUCCAGAUGAAUUCAAUCCAGGUGUGGUGAAUGUUGCUUGCCGAGUGCCAGACUGUGCGAUCGUAUCGAGAAUAUGCAGAAAACUCGGCCAACCGUUGGCUCAAACAUCGGCGAAUGUUAGUGGAUCUCCUCUAAAUCCAACCUCAAUCGAUCAUUUCAAAAAUCUACAUUCGGACAUCGAUUUGAUUUUGGACAACGGACAAAUUGUAUCCAGUGGUGAAGGAUCCACAAUUGUCGAUUUGACAGUUGAAUCUUGCUUUCGAAUCGUUCGAAGUGGAUGUGCAGAAAGUGAAACCAUAAAGAAGUUGAAGUCAUUUGGAUUGACAGAAAUUCAAUAA